AUGGGCUCCACAGAAGACCUUGACUAUCCUCAAAUCAUCUUGCAAUACAGCAAUGGAUUUUUAAUCUCAAAGGUUAUGUUCACUGCUUGUGAGCUGGGGGUGUUUGAUCUUCUUCUGGAGUCAGGAAAGCCUCUGUCUUCAGAUGCCAUUGCUGCAGGUCUGGGUGCCAGCACCAUGGGGAUGAGAAGACUUCUGGAUGCCUGUGUGGGAUUGAAGCUCUUGGCAGUAGAGAUGACACAAGAAGGAGUCCUCUACAGAAACACAGAAAUUUCCAAUGUCUACCUUACAAAAUCAAGUCCAAAAUCUCAGUAUCAUAUUAUGAUGUAUUACUCCAACACAGUCUACUUGUGCUGGCAGUACCUGGCUGAUGCUGUGAGAGAAGGAAGAAACCAAUAUGAAAGAGCUUUUGGUGUUACAUCUAAAGACCCUUUUGGAGCAAUGUACAGGUCAGAUGAAGAAAUGCUAAAAUUCAUGGCUGGCCAGAACUCAGUAUGGAGUAUAUGUGGCAGAGAUGUUCUUUCUGCAUUUGACCUUUCCCCUUUCACAAAGAUCUAUGACCUGGGAGGAGGUGGAGGAGCUUUGGCCCGAGAGUGUGUUUCUUUGUAUCCAAAUUCCACCGUCACAAUUUAUGACCUGCCCAAAGUUGUGCAGGUGGCCAAAGAACAGCUUGUUUCCCCCGAGGAGCAUCAGAUCACUUUCCAUGAAGGAGACUUCUUUAAUGAUUCAAUACCUGAAGCUGAACUGUAUAUUUUAUCCAAGAUACUGCAUGAUUGGGAUGAUGACAAAUGCAAACAGCUGCUGGAAAAAGUCUACAAAGCUUGCAAACCUGGCUGUGUUUUCUUUCUCUUCUCUCCACCAGGUGGGGGAGUGCUGCUGGCUGAAUCCCUUCUGAAUGAAGAUAAAAGUGGGCCUGUAGAAACCCAACUGUAUUCGAUGAAUAUGUUGGUGCAGACAGAAGGAAUAGAGAGAACAGCAGCAGAGUACAGCAAGCUCCUGGAGGCAGCUGGCUUUGGAGUGAUUCAAGUCAAGAGGACUGGAAAACUCUAUGAUGCUGUUUUGGGAAGGAAAUAA